AUGCGCGCCACACUGUUAUCUUUAGUGGCUCUGGGCUUGGUGGGAUCCACCACUGCUUAUCCACAACCCUACCAAGACACCGAGGCUGUCUUGAGCGCGUCCGCGUCGACAAACCAAGAGAAAGCUGAUGCUGUCAAGGAGGCCUUUCAACAUGCUUGGAACGGAUACAUGAAAUAUGCUUUUCCGCACGAUGAGUUGCGCCCGGUGACCAAUGGUAACGCAGAUUCGAGGAAUGGAUGGGGUGCAUCCGCGGUCGAUGCACUUUCAACCGCCAUUAUCAUGGGUAACAAAGAUGCGGUCAAUACCAUCUUGGAACACAUCGCCGGAAUUGAUUACAGCCAGACCUCGGACCAGGUCAGCUUGUUUGAGACGACAAUUCGCUAUCUGGCUGGCAUGUUGUCCGGCUAUGAUUUGUUAACCGGCCCAGCUGCAAAUCUGGUGACCGAUACGGCCCGCGUGGAUGCAUUGCUCACGCAGUCCAAGAAUCUGGGCGACGUGCUCAAAUUCGCCUUUGACACCCCGUCAGGUGUUCCCUACAACGGCAUCAACAUCACCUCCCAAGGAAAUGAUGGGGCUACAACCAAUGGUCUCGCCGUGACUGGUACCCUGGUACUGGAAUGGACGCGUUUGUCUGACCUGACGGGUGACGACCAGUAUGCGAAUCUUAGCCAAAAGGCCGAGUCGUACUUGUUGAACCCUCAGCCGACCAGCACGGAGCCGUUCCCUGGCCUCGUGGGUAGUCACAUCAGCCUCGAUAAUGGAGAAUUCACCGAUGGCGCAGUCAGUUGGAAUGGAGGCGACGACUCGUUCUACGAGUAUCUGAUCAAAAUGUACGUGUACGACCCUAAGCGGUUCGAGACAUACAAGGACCGCUGGGUUCUUGCCGCUGAGUCGACCAUCAAACACCUGGCGUCACACCCGCAGUCCCGCCCGGAGCUGACGUUCCUGUCUUCGUACAACAACGGCAACUAUGAUCUUAGCUCGCAGCACUUGACCUGUUUUGACGGCGGCAGCUUUCUUCUCGGCGGGAGCGUGCUGGGUCGUCAGGAUUUUAUCGACUUUGGCCUGGAACUUGUUCAUGGCUGCGAGGCUACCUAUAACUCGACUCUGACACAAGUUGGCCCAGAAUCUUGGGGCUGGGACCCUAAACAAGUGCCAAGUAGCCAGAAGGCUUUCUACGAAAAAGCCGGUUUUUAUAUCAACAGUGGUUACUACGUUUUGCGACCGGAGGUGAUUGAGAGCUUCUACUACGCCUACCGUGUGACUGGAAAAACCAUCUAUCGCGACUGGGUGUGGAAUGCAUUUGUGGGUAUUAAUGCUACCUGUCGCACCGACUCGGGCUUUGCAGCCGUCACCAAUGUGAACGCGGCCCAUGGCGGCUCCAAGGUCGACAACCAGGAGAGCUUCCUGUUUGCCGAGGUUCUAAAAUACUCGUACCUGACUCAUGCUGAAGAGGCCGAAUGGCAGGUCCAGAAAGGUGACAAGAACACUUUCGUGUUCAAUACCGAAGCUCAUCCCAUGCGUGUGAAGCAUACCUAG